CUGUGAGGUAUCAUCUCUGCUCCUCUCUGUUUAAUGCUUUUUAUUCACUUACCAGGGAAGGUGGUAAAUCACACCUUCUGCUCUUUUUUCUCUCUCUUUUUAUUACUAUGAAUGAAUAAUUUCCUUACAAGGAACCACGCGUUUCUGCUUCACAUUGUUUUAGUGCCCAUUAAAGUGAAAGGAUUGCAGUGAUUGAAGGCAGGCUUCUGCCAGCCCCUCCCUACUUUCAAUUUCCAGGCGCUGACCCUGGUGCUGACUGAAGGUCUCUCUUAGCAGGUUGGAUGGUCCCAAGGAAGACGGGAACGACCAACAGCACUUAACACAUUUCUGAGGAAGGGGAUCGUCAUCGACAAACAUUUAUGCUUGACAUGCUGACCCAGAGAAUUUCCAGUUUUCACAUUCUUUGAAGUGAUUUGGGAAUCAACAGUGGUGCUGCAAUGGUUACAUAAAUUAUUUACCUGCACUGGAUUGGGUUUUUAAGACCUGUUUAUUCACUGGCCAUUCCUGGCAACAGCCUUUUCAACAAUGAAUUCUAUUAUGAAAAUUCGCAAGCAUUUUCAGAGAACAGUCCUUCUGCUUGCCACUUUUUGCAUGGUAAGCAUUGUGAUUUCAGCAUAUUAUUUGUACAGUGGUUAUAAACAGGACAAUGAACUGUCAGAAGUAUCAGUGGAAGUAGACUGUGGAGAUUUUGACUCAAUGCCAUAUAAACUAAUGGAAGGGCAAACUGGACGACCCUCAGUUUCAUUAAGGACAGAGCCCUUUAUUCUACUGUUUAUAGAAAGCCAAUACUCUCAACUUGGACAAGACAUCAUAAGUGUUUUAGAAUCCAGCAGAUUUAAAUUCCAUACAGAAAUUGCUCCAGGAAAAGGAGACCUUCCUCACCUUACAGAAAACCACAUUGGAAAAUAUGCACUUAUAAUAUAUGAGAACUUUAUGAAAUAUGUAAACAUGGAUCUGUGGAACAAAGACCUUCUAGAUAAAUACUGUCUUCAAUAUGGAAUUGGCAUCAUUGGCUUCCUUAAGGGCAAUGAAAAUAACAUUCAGAGCUUCCAUCCAAAAGGUUUUUCAUUUAGAGUCAAAAGCAACAUGGCUGUCAAAACCUGUUGUAUUAAUCCUCAUACACCCCUUCUUCAUAUAACAAAAUCCUCAAACACUGGAAAAGGGCCGUUAUUAGGAAGUGACUGGACAGUUUUUGAAGUCAAUAACUCCUUCUAUCAACCUGUAGUAUUUACAAAAGUAAAAAUGCCUGCUGGAGGACCUCCUCAGCUAUCUAAGCUCUCUAUGUUUGCUACAGUAAUUUAUGAUUUGGGUCUUCAUGAUGGGAUUCAAAGAGUAUUUUUUGGCAAUAACUUGAACUUUUGGUUGCACAAGCUAAUUUUUGUCGAUGCUAUUUCCUUUCUAACAAAGAAGAAGUUAAUGCUGCCUUUGAAAAGGUAUAUUCUUGUGGACAUAGAUGAUAUAUUUGUAGGGAAAGAGGGAACAAGGAUGAAAGCCAAUGAUGUAAAGGCUUUGCUUGAAACUCAAAUGUUACUCAGAACUAAAGUUACAAAUUUUACUUUUAAUCUGGGAUUCUCUGGAAAAUUCUACCACACAGGUACUGAAAAGGAAGAUCAAGGAGAUGAUCUUUUGCUGGGCUCAGUGGAUGAGUUUUGGUGGUUUCCCCACAUGUGGAGUCACAUGCAACCUCAUCUCUUUCACAAUGAGUCUUCACUGGUGGAACAAAUGAUGCUCAACAAAAAAUUUGCUUUGGAGCAUGGGAUUCCCACUGAUAUGGGUUAUGCAGUGGCUCCACAUCACUCAGGUGUCUACCCUGUACACAUGCAGCUCUAUGAAGCCUGGAAAAAGAUCUGGGGUAUAAAAGUAACAAGUACUGAAGAAUACCCCCAUCUGAAACCAGCACGCUACAGACAGGGGUUUAUACACAAAAAUAUCAUGGUUCUUCCAAGGCAAACAUGUGGUCUUUUCACACACACUAUUUUCUAUAAGGAAUAUCCUGGAGGUCCAAGUGAACUUGACAGAAGUAUUCAAGGAGGAGAACUUUUUUUCACACUUGUCCUCAACCCAAUCAGCAUCUUCAUGACCCACUUAUCUAACUAUGGGAAUGACCGACUUGGUUUAUACACAUUCGUUAAUCUGGCCAAAUUUGUAGAGUCCUGGACCAAUUUAAAGCUGCUAACACUUCCUCCUGUACAGCUGGCACAAAAAUACUUUCAGCUUUUCCCUGAGCAGAGGGAUCCUAUUUGGCAGAAUCCAUGUGAUGACAAGCGCCAUCGAGAUAUCUGGUCCAAAGAAAAAACGUGUGAUCGUUUGCCCAAAUUUUUAGUAAUUGGACCCCAAAAAACAGGGACAACAGCUUUGUAUUUAUUCCUUGUUAUGCAUCCUUCAAUAAUCAGUAAUUCGCCAAACCCCAAAACAUUUGAAGAAAUGCAGUUUUUUAAUGGAAAUAACUACCAUAAAGGCGUGGACUGGUAUAUGGAUUUCUUUCCUGUUCCAUCCAAUCUUUCCACUGACUUUCUGUUUGAGAAAAGUGCCAACUAUUUCCAUUCAGAAGAAGCUCCAAAGAGAGUGGCUGCUCUAGUCCCCAAGGCAAAAAUUAUUACCAUUCUCAUUGAUCCUUCAGAUAGGGCAUAUUCCUGGUACCAGCACCAAAGAGCGCAUCAGGAUUCUACUGCUCUAAAAUUCAGUUUCUAUGAAGUAAUAACUGCUGGAUCCCAUGCUCCGGCCCAUCUUAAGUUGCUGCAAAGAAAAUGCUUGGUUCCUGGUUGGUACGCAAUCCAUAUAGGGCAAUGGCUGGAGUAUUUCCCUCCUUCACAGUUGCAUAUUGUUGACGGACAACAACUCCGGUCUGAUCCUGCAAAUGUCAUGGAGGAAGUUCAAAAGUUUUUAGGCGUUUCUCCACAUUAUAACUAUUCUGACGCACUGGCAUUUGAUUCCCAAAAAGGAUUUUGGUGCCAGCUUUUGGAAGAAGGAAAAACAAAAUGUCUUGGAAAGAGCAAAGGCAGAAAAUACCCUCCAAUGGAUCCAGAGUGCAGAGCAUUUCUAUCAAGUUAUUAUCAAGAUCACAAUGUGGAACUGUCAAAACUUUUGCACAAAUUGGGUCAACCACUACCAUCCUGGUUGCGGCAAGAGCUCCAAAAAGUCAGAUAGCACCAUUAAAGAUUAAACUUUUCAGUCCUUACCAUGAAAAUUCCUUCAGCAUUAUAUUUCUUGACAAAUGCAACAACUGCACUUGAGAAGCUUCAUAUUCCAUAUGCUGGCAUGUGGAUGGAAACUACAUUUUCUUCAAAAAUAUCAAACUGUGGCCUUUCUCUCCAAACUUUUUGGUGUCUGUAAUGGAUUGUGUUUGGCAGAUGCAUAAAGGAACACAUUGAACAUUUAAACAUAUCCAAAAUGUUAAAUAGCUUGGACACCUAAUUUUCAAAAUAAAUAUUUUUUUAUGUUA